CACGGCAGGGAGGUGAGCAAAUAAUCCACCAAAUCAGGACGGACUGAACUUUUGGAAGCGUGCGGCUGCGCACUGAUAACAUUCAGUAGCGUGCGGAACAAUGAACGGAAAGCUCAAACGUUGGAGGCUUCAGUGCUCAGUCAGCAACUGCAACAUGACCGCAAGUGUUGUGUUGAUUUUGGCCCUGUUGGGGUUUUGUAUUUUGCAAAUUCGGAAAUUGUACUGGACCCGUCGGGGAAUUCCUCACACGGCGGGUCCUCAUCUGCUGUUGGGAAAUGUCCGAGGCAUCUGGAGUACGGAACAUUCGUCCACGCUUCUGCAAAAGAUCUACAGGGAGUUCAAAAGGCGUGAACUGUCCGUCGGGGGUUUUAACUUUUUUUGCAUCCCAUCGAUCCUACUGGUUGACUCGGAACUGGCCCGGCGAAUGUUAUCUCAAACGGACGGAUUACAUUCGAACGCCAGAGAUGAUCUGAUGAGUCAUACGUUGUUUGAGCACGUUGAGAGAGGUUGGAGAAAAACACACGAAAAACUUACCGCAUUAUACGAUGCAAACAUGAUGAAACGAAUCUUUCCCGUUAUGGCCGGUGUGGCGGAGGAAAUGCGCGUAGAGACUAGUAAGAACAUUGACAGAGAGGAUUCCGACGUCGAGGAUUUUGUUGGCCGAUAUACUACGCACGUGAUUAGCACGUGCGUAUUCGGAGUUCGUUGUCGCACGAUACAGUUAGCGAGAACUGAGUUUCGUGAAAUGUGCGAUCGAACCACGGAGUUUUGUUGGUUCAACUUAUUCCGACAAUGGAUUUUGGUGUCGUUUCCAAAUUUUGCCAGAGUUUUGCAAAUAAAAAGGAUGGUUUCAUCGGAGGAAAAAUUUUUCAUAGGGCUGACCACGGCAACGGUUCUUCAUCGGGAGUGCUACGGGAUUCGGAAGGACGAUAUACUACAGGGACUUAUUCGACUUCACCGGGAACAGAAGAUUACUAAGGAAGAGUUAUCCGGUCACUGUUUCAGUUUUGUUAAAUUUGGUUUAGAGCCGUGCAACUCUGUAAUGAAGUUUUGUAUCUAUGAGCUGGCCAGAAAUCCACUUAUUCAGGAUCGUCUGCGGUCGGAAAUAAAACACUCGCUGAAUGGGAUGGAGCUAGACUACAAAGUGGCCACAUCGAUGACAUAUUUGAGCCAGGUGAUUAACGAAACACUUAGGAUGUAUCCCCCGGUAGACUACCUCUGUCGGGUGUCUCAAUCGAACUCACUCAACCGGAUACCGAGUGGAGCAUUGUGUGUGAUUCCCGUUUACGCGUUACAUCACGACCCGGACCAUUUUCCCGUCCCGGAACAAUUCGAUCCGGAACGUUUUUCGCCGAACGGGACGCAAACUUCAACCCACCAGUUCUGCUAUCUUCCGUUCGGGGCAGGCCCACGCAGCUGUAUCGGUUAUCAAUUUGGUUUAAUGCUGAUAAAAAUUGGCAUUAUAACGUUGGUGCGCAAUUUUCGAUUCGUACCGAACGGCUCUGCCAGUCAGAUACGGUUUAAACCGAACUCACUGAGGCUAAGUCCGGCUGCUGGCAGUUGGAAUGUGCGGUUGGAACGCCUUAAAUGACACUAUCCUACUGACUUGGGAUGCAGCAGAUUUGAAGAAUAUUUAUUGUAAAGUAUGAGAUGGUUUUCCUGGAAUAAGUUUUACGAUGUUACCAAUAACUAACUCGAGGGUUGUAACAAAACACGAAGAGGAAUUUUAGAAAUUCAUCUCAUUAAAUCUGGAGUCGGUACAUUCUCGUUACGAAGCUACUAAUUACUAUUAUUAAAAUACACGAAUAAACGACUGAAUACUCUAUGUUGGUUUUUAUUAUUAUUACUAUUAUUGCACUGUAUCUAUUAUUAUAAGAAAUGGACAAACUUUUUUGGUCGAAUGCCCAUUUUAAAUAUAUUAGUCGUUCUACUGCCCACCAAGUAGAA